AAAUUUGCUACCGUGGUGGAAGCUGAUAUUUCCCGAGCACAUGAACGCAGCACGUGCCGCAUCAGAUGAUCAGUGUCGGUCAUGUGACAGUUUGGAACAGAAGUCAUCAUGGCCGCAGCACCACAACCUGUCUACUGGCUGGGUAACGACACCCUGAGGGUGUCUGCUGCUCUUUUUGCCGAGAACCGCCGCAGACUGGGUUCCAGGGUGAAAAACAAAAAGGCUUUGCCAAAAUCGGUUGUGGUGCUGCAGGGAGGGGAGCAGAAGCAGAGGUACUGCACGGACACAGACUUGCUCUUCAGGCAGGAGUCGUUCUUCCACUGGUCUUUUGGAGUAACAGAGCCUGACUGUUAUGGAGCCAUUGAAGUGGACUCUGGGAAAUCCAUCCUCUUUGUUCCUAAAUUGCCGGAGAGCUACGCCACAUGGAUGGGAGAAAUCUUCAGUAAGGAUCACUUCAAGGAGAAGUACGCGGUCGAUGACGUGCAGUACGUCUGUGACAUUGCUGUCUUUCUGACCAACCUCAGACCAUCACUGCUCCUCACACUGCGAGGACAAAAUACAGACAGCGGGAGCAUCUGCCACGAGGCCUCCUUUGAAGGGAUUAGUGGGUUCCAGGUCAACAACACCCUCUUACACCCUGACAUUGUGGAAUGUCGUCUCCUUAAAACCGACAUGGAGCUGGAGGUUCUGCGCUACACCAACAGGAUCUCCAGUGAAGCCCACAAAGUGGUCAUGAAGCAGGUGAAACCAGGAAACAGAGAGUAUGAGAUGGAGAGCCUGUUCCAGCAUUACUGCUACACCAAGGGAGGAAUGCGUCACACCUCAUACACCUGUAUCUGUGGAACGGGCAAUAAUUCUUCCGUGCUCCACUACGGCCACGCUGGUGCUCCCAAUGACAAAGUCAUCAAUGAUGGAGACAUGUGUCUGUUCGACAUGGGUGGAGAAUACUACUGCUACUCAUCAGACAUCACCUGCUCCUUCCCAGCCAAUGGGAAGUUCACCGCCAACCAAAGAGCAAUCUAUGAAGCUGUUCUCAAAUCCUCAAGAACCGUCAUGACCGCCAUCAAACCAGGUGUGAAGUGGACUGACAUGCACCGCCUGGCUGACCGCGUUCACCUGGAGGAGCUGCUGAAGAUCGGCAUCGUGAAGGGCAGCGUAGACGACAUGAUGAAGGUUCACCUCGGUUCUGUCUUCAUGCCCCACGGACUGGGCCACCUGCUGGGCAUUGAUGUGCACGAUGUCGGAGGCUACCCUGAGGGUACUGAGCGCAUCCCUGAACCUGGACUCAGGAGUCUCCGGAUGGGUCGUCUGGUGCAGGAGAGAAUGGUCCUCACCGUGGAGCCUGGCAUUUACUUCAUCAACCACCUGCUGGACAAGGCCCUGGCCGACCCCACACAGAGCUGCUUCAUCAACAGCCAAGUUCUGGCUCGCUUCCGUGGGUUUGGAGGGGUUCGUAUUGAAGAUGACAUUGCGGUGACGGGGACGGGCGUUGAACUCCUGACCUGUGUCCCUCGUACUGUGGAGGAGAUAGAAGCUUUUAUGGCCGACUCUGACAAGACCUUCAGCCCCGUCGUCUGCAGUGAGAAACUCUGAAUGUUUCGUCUUUUGUGACAUGUACACAGAGCAGUGAUCGCAGCACUUACAGUACAUGGAGCUCAGAUCAUACAUUUAACACAACGACUGAAUCAGAAUUGUAACAGCAAAAAAAAAAUCAUGUUGCUUUAAAUGCAGUAUUCUGGAGAUUAUUUUAUAAUGGAUUGAAAUCAUAGCAAGAUUUUUUUUAACUGUCAUCCCUUUUAUUGCGUCACUGAUCCUGAUGAUGAUGAUGAAGGUGAUAAUUAUUUGUUUUACCAAACAUGACUUCUUCUCCUUUUACCUAGAGGAGUCAGGUUUAUUUUUCAUUGUACGUCUACAGACACAGAUACACACGACGUAAUGUCUCCCUGCAUUUAACACAUCCCCGUUGAACAGAUAUCGGGAGUUUGAUCAACACACGUACAGGAUUCUAACCCUACGAUUGUCCAAAAAACAAACCCGAUAACUACCACAACUUACCACAAGGCAAUAGGUUUUGCGUCUGAAUCCCGGCCCCUACAGGCUGUAGUGUGUUUAGCAGUCAUAACCUGCAGAAAAUCAACCAGGGAUGAAUUAAAUGCUGAGGAAAAAAAAAUCUGCUUAAGAAUCCGAUUAGUUGAGAGAAGAUUUCUGUGCCUUCUUAAUUAAAAAGAAAUUUAUUUUUAACCUGA